UACCUUGAGUCUGUAAUAAAGUUUGAUGAUGACAAAAUUCGUUCUGCACAGCCUACGCUUGAAGUCGAAAACCUAAGAUUUGCGUCAUUGCAGUAGCCAAUCACAGCGCAGCACUCUUAUUUCCUGAAGACGCCCAUGCGGAACUGUCAGGCAGCUGCUCAGUUCAAGAUGGCGCUGUCCUGUAGGGGUGUGUGCCGUGGGGUUUCAAUGAUCUUACUGUAUGGACAGCGAUCUGUGGGGGUCAAAGCUGCUCUGUGCACACCUAGAUUGACGUCUACACAAUCGAGCUAUAGUAGUUUGUGGUUGGCCAGACACUACUCACCUUCACAAGCGAGGCAUGGGAUCGGUCGAAGCAUUGUGUCCAGGCUUAAAAGGGUCAAUGAGAAGUAUGAGAGAUUCCUGCAACGACGCUUUCCUCGCUUUUAUGUUAUUUAUACCACCUUUUUUAGAGGGUUUCGGCUCCUGUUUCAAGAUGCCAAAGAAAUGCAAAGAAUUCAGACCCGGUUGCUCACCACCAACAUAGAUUAUAAGGAUCUGCCAUACCGUGAGUUGGAGAAACUCAGACAGUUCCGCAGAGAUUUAAUCAAAGCCAUUCCCUUAGUUGUCAUUUCGUUACCUCCAUUUGCCAACUAUUUUGUAUUUAUCCUCAUGUACUUUUAUCCUCGCCAGCUCCUGAUCAGGCACUUCUGGACCCCACAGCAGCUGGUGGAGUUUCAGGGAAUAUAUCAUAGUCAGAGAGCACAGCAUCACUGGGCUAUAGUUAAAGGACUGGAGAGGACAGCACCAUCUGUCCAAGACAGCAGACUUAAAAGCCGCCUCUUGGAGCUUUGCAGUAAGGUUCGAAAGGGAGUUCAUCCUGUGGUGUCUGAUGUCCAUGCGGUGAGAACUUUGUUCUCUGGACCACCUUUAGGUAUUGGGAGAAUGUAUGCAGACCAAAUGAGACAACUCAGUCCAUUGCUCUUCCUGACGCCCCGUCUCCCUGCCUUUUGGGUGGGUCGACGCUUGAACAAACACGUCACAGAACUCAUGCAGCUCGACCGCGCCAUUGUUCGAUUAGGUUUGCACCAGUUAAAUGAUGCAGAGCUCCGAGAGGCAUGCUUUGUGAGAGGGUUGAAUCCAGACAUCAGUCCUGGACAGUGCCGAGAAUGGCUUGCACAAUGGUUACAGUUCUCAGCGCACCUCAAAGAAUCAGAGGCGUCUCUCUAUCUGCACAGCAUGGUACUGCUCACUGUAAACUACGCAAAAGAGCCCUCUCAUUAACCUCGGACAACCAGAUGACUACGCUUGCUACAGACUUUACAGAAACAAUUAAAAUGCACCUGAUGGAAAAUCCCACAGGAACAAAAAGACUCUUAUAUGCAAACUGAACAGCACAAUGUUUAUUAUUUAAGUUUCUGCGAUGUAUAUUCAUGAAUAAGGUUAUCAUGCUUUAUAUUCAUUUUAACACAUAUCCAAUUUUGUUUACUUAAGUGUGGGAUAGAUAGAAGGGAUGUGAUCAUUUACAUACAAUUCAACUUUUGCAAUUUCUGAGUGUCUGUUGCAACCACAAAAGUGUGAUAUGUGCCAAACAUAUCAAUUUUGGAACUCAUUGGUAUUACCAUGUGACAUUCAAUGACUUAUUCUACUAAAGAUGGUCCAAAUUGAAGUGCUGUAACUAGUUGUUUUGGGCUCUGAUAGAACUUCUCAUUCCCACAUCCCACCUGACUUUAAAAACACCACAAUCAAACUUGUAGCACCGAUUCUAUUUGUUUGAAGACAUUUGUGACAACAAUCACCUUCCAUGUGAAUACUUUAACUAGGUAGUAGUGAAAAUGUGUAUUCCCUUGUUGUUAUUAACAUAUGCCUGUAAAACAUACUGCAGAUAAGGUAUAUUAUUUUAUUUUAAAUAUACAUAUUUUAAUUAGUACGUUUAUAUUCACAUUUUAUGUAUUUAUUUUUGAGAAUUACAAAAUGUCAAUUCAUGUUCUUUGCUGUGUGGACUGGGCUGAUGGAUAAAUCACUGCAGUCAAGUUG